AUGACAAAGUUUCUUUCACUAUUUCAGAGCUUUACGGAGGCUAGAUGUAGCAGCUAUGUCGUACUGGGGAACGGCACUGAAGAGCGUUGUGACCUCAACGAAACAGAAGAUCCUGAAGACGAAAACGAAGACCAUGAAAUUAUAGAAGCCGUCGGUGACAUGAUUCCGGAACAUUUUGAAGAAGAAAUUGAGAUAGAGAGACGGAAACUAAUCAGAUUUGUUUCCAAGAUCUGGCCUCAUGGAAUCAUUCCCUACAAGUUUGUGACCGGUCGUCGUCGCUUUAAGAACCCAAAGUCGAAAACUUACAUCAUGAUAGCGAUUCGACACUGGGAACGAUACACGUGUCUACAAUUCAUCGACAUUGUCAAACAGAAAGAAAAGUAUUUGUCCACGAGAAAACUCCUGAAACACGACCAUUACCUUUCCUUUGGUACUGGAAAAGGGUGUGCUUCAAUGGUCGGCUAUACAAGACGACAUGCCCAGCCAGUAUAUUUGAAAGAACCCGGAUGUGUUAUGCCUGGUAUUGUGGUACAUGAGAUCGGCCAUGCUAUCGGCUUCUACCACGAACAGUGUCGAGAGGACAGGGACCAUUUCAUUGACGUCAACAUUAAUGUUGUCAAAGAGCCGGGAAGGAAAAAUUUCGCGAAGGUCAUCACCCAAACCGAAAUCGCUCCGUAUGAUCUGUCAUCUACUAUGCAUUACGGAUCAAAGUAUUUCAGUAUAGACGGUACAAGUACUAUCCAAGCUCGGGAUUCGAACCUCAACUUCCUACUUGGACGACGUAUUGGAUUGAGUUUCUAUGACGUUGUGGCCGCUAACAACGCAUAUAAUUGUGCUGGUAAUUGCAACAAGUGUAGAUUGUUGGAAAAUGUUCCAAAAUGUCAGAAUGGAGGUACCCUUUUUUGGAAAUGUGAAUGUCUUUGCCCAGAAGGACUAGCUGGUAACCAUUGUGACCGAAUUGACAACUCCUGGACUAUCGGCGGUUGCGGCGGUACGAUAAAUCUUUCUACAGAGAGCAUACUCAUAAAGUCUCCAAACUAUCCCAACUCAUACGGAAAAGUGAAAUGCAUCUGGCUCAUCAAGGCUGGUUCCAACACACAGAUCAAAACAACAGUCACAGUUCGCCACAUCCCGACAUCAACGAAGAGACGGGAAUGCUAUCAUUGGUUGGAGGUUCGUUACAAUCUAGUCGGACAGAACGGUCCAAGACUGUGUGGUGCCAAUGGCCAUAAAGAAUUUCCACUAUCUUCAAGCAACAUCAUCAUGUUGCGCUUUGAUGGCUCCAAAGGGCACGUGAGAACGAAAGGCGGAUUUCAGGUUAAAGUUCAAGCAAUUAAAGCAAUUAACCAGGGCGACCGUUUAUUUUACUGUGACUUCGACACCAGUGUCUGUGGCUGGAAACAUACGUCUCCGCCCGAUGGCCUAGCAUGGCGACGAGAACGCUGGGUCGUUAUGGGACCGUACAAGGAUCAUACGUCGGGGAAAGGCAGGUUUCUAGUCGAGGCAGACAACGCUAAGAAAAUCGGGUCAGUUGCCCGAAUGACGAGUCCGGAUUUUGAAAACAGUGGCUCCAUCUGCUUACGAUUCUGGUACUUUGCAUACGGUUAUAAACUUGGACACUUCCGGGUGAAGGCACUGGUUGAUGGUGAAGAGAAGAUGGUUGUCUGGACAUUGGACACAAAACCAAAGACUCGAUCCUGGAAACGGGCAGAAGUCUCCUUAACCAGUCAGGGUUAUUUCAAGUUGAUUUUGGAGGUAACAGCAAGUGCCAAUUGGGGAAACUACGCAAUAGAUGACAUGGAGAUCACAAUGGGAGAAUGUUAG